UCUCAUACAUAAACCCCUGAAUUAAGGUACCUACCUGUGCUGUGGUGACCAAAAUCAAUCGAAAUUCAAUUCAAUUCAAUUCAAUUCUGCGGUGAAACCCAGAAAGAGAGAAAGAAAGAGAGAAACGUCACCAAUCGGAAUUGCAAUUGUAAUGGCAAUGUCGGUGGAAAUCGGAGGAGGGACGUUAUCGGAGAUAUAUCAGAGCGCCAAGAAGCUAUUGUUGAGAACAAGAGACGGCCUUGAGAAGCUGGAGAGAUUGGAGAACGCAGGCGGCAUCGACUCCCCGGACCUUUCCACGUCCGUCAAAAGAGACAUUUCUCAGAUUCAGUCCUUCUGCGCCGACAUGGACCGCCUCUGGCGAUCUGUUGGCGCCAAAUCCCAACGCGAUCUCUGGAAAAGAAAAGUAGAACAAAUAGCGGAAGAGGCUCAGUCUUUGAAAGAAAGUCUAGAUAAGUAUAAUUUGAGGAAUCAGAAGAGGGCCCAAGAAGCCAGAGAGAGGGCAGAGUUGCUUGGAAGAGCUAAUGGGGAGGGUGCUCAUGUUUUGAGAAUUUUUGAUGAUGAAGCACAAGCAAGGGCGUCAGUUCGUAGUUCUUCUCGCAUGCUUGAAGAAGCCAGUGCUACUGGAGAAAGUAUUCUUAGGAAAUAUGCAGAACAAAGGGAUUGGCUAAAGAGCGCACAACGAAAAGGAUUGGAUGUCCUGAACACAGUGGGUCUCUCUAACUCUGUUUUGAAGCUCAUUGAGAGGCGGAACCGUGUUGAUCAGUCGAUCAAGUAUGCAGGCAUGAUUCUGACUGUUGUCAUUGUUGUGUAUCUCAUAUGGAGGUGGAGGUGAUGACCUACGCUUGAAAUGUUGCGAGCCUAUUUUGUUUCUAUUUUGUGGGAAGAUGAUAUAAUUUCCUAUUGUAUGUUCUCCCAUUUGAACAACGCAACGAGCUUGUACAAGACAAACUUGUAUAAAUAUGAAUUUACGCCCAGUGGUGGUAUACCUUUUAUUUGAUUAUUUUGUCUUCACGUGGAUGGGUUAAAUCUUUGAGUCUGAGGUAGCUGUUUGUUAGUACAAGCUGUUUUGUAAUU